UUGAGCUAAUGAAUGGCAUGGUUCACAUGUGCGAAGGGUAAGGCUGUUGGUUUCGAUGUAUUACUUCGCUUUGGUAAAAAAGAAAUCAGUGUUUCGCUAAGACAGUUUUAUCUGAAAGAAUACGGAGGCACUAAAACUCUACGAAGGCUACGGAAACAACAAAAUGCAAAGAGAAGCGACGCAACAGUGAAUCACUCAAACCAGUCUGGUCGCUCUGAAUUUCACGAUAUGGCUGGUAAAGAGAGCACGGUGGUAGAGAAUUGCUCGCAGGAAGAAGGCAGUGUUGCGGAAAUCCCCGUUAGGACAAAUUCUGGUAAACGUAAAAACGAUGAGACUGGAGAGCCAGCAACACAAGACAGGGCCAAAAAGCGAAAGAACCGCAGUAAACAGCGUCCUGGAGAACGGUACGUGCCCCCUCCACAGAAACGCAACCCGGGUGUGAGUUUCAGCAAAGAACAUUUCGCAGAAACCUCGUACUAUUUUGAAGAUGGACUGCGCAAAGUGUAUCCAUAUUUCUAUGAUUUUCAGACGUAUUGCAAAGGACGCUGGGUCGGUAAAUCUCUCCUUGAAGUUUUCAAAAGUGAAUUUCGAUCCGAAUCUAUGGAUUACUAUCAUAAAGCAGUCAAAGCUGGCCGUAUUAGGUUGAAUCAAACACCCGUGGAUGACCUAAACAUAACACUCAAGAACAAUGACUUUUUGAGGAACACAGUGCAUCGCCAUGAGCCUCCUGUUACUGGGAAGCCAUUGGAGGUUCUGGUAGAUGACGGUGAAGUUGUGGUGGUAGAUAAGCCUGCAUCACUACCUGUGCAUCCCUGUGGCCGCUACCGACACAAUACAGUCAUCUUCAUUCUAGGGAAGGAAAAAGGUCUUAGUGGCCUGCACACAGUACAUCGGCUGGACCGCCUCACUUCAGGUGUGCUGCUGUUUGCUCGUACCCUGGAGGUCUCCAAAAAGCUGGACGCGAUGGUUCGAGAGAGACAGUUGGAAAAAGAAUAUGUCUGUCGUGUGGAGGGAGAGUUUCCAGAGGGUGAAGUGGUCUGUGAGGAACCCAUUCUGGUGGUGUCUUUUAAAGUGGGUCUUUGCAGAGUGGAUCCCAAAGGCAAAGAGUGCCGUACAGUCUUCCAGAGGAUGAACUAUAACGGACACUCUAGUGUAGUGCGUUGCCUGCCACUUACAGGUCGUACUCAUCAGAUUCGGGUCCAUCUUCAGUAUCUCGGCUUUCCAAUUCUUAACGAUCCCAUCUAUGGAUCUUCUGCAUGGGGACCGAACAGAGCCAAAGGAGGGCUGGUGGAUAUGAGCAAUGAAGAGAUUCUAGAAGCCCUUAUAGAGGAGCAUCGUUCUAAAGAGAGUCUGCACUUGUUGGAUUUACCUGAUGAAAAGAUGGAAAAAGGAAAGGAAGGACCAAGGACGGAGAGUAGUGAUGGUGUACUUGAUCACAACAGCCUGCUUAAAAGUGUAACUGAGUCAAGUGACAGCGCAUGUGAUGGCAGAUCUUGUGAGAUGCCGUUGGUUGAAGUAAAAGACGUAUGCAACAGCAGACCUACGUGUGAAACGGAAGCGGAGAGGAUUGAUUUAAAAAAAGAGGAUUGUGAAGUAGACGAACACCCUAAAACAACAAAAUCGGAUGCUUUUGUUAGAGAUCAUUUAUGUGGCGAGUGUAAGAUUGUGCGGCCUGAUCCAGCAGAGAAAGAUUUGGUAAUGUUUCUACAUGCAUUGCGCUACAAAGGAUUAGACUUUGAAUACUCUACCCGACUGCCUGACUGGGCUAAAGAGGACUGGGUUCAGGAUUAAACAUGUUAGGUUUAUGCAACAUUUUUCAUUUUAGACCACAGUGAAUUUAAGGAUGAGAAGUCACAAUUCUUUUGCUGUAUGUGUUCAGUGUGAUUUGAAAGUGGCUUUGUUUUAAUUUGCCAGAUUUUGGUGUUUUAGUUUGAAUUAUUCAGUACUGUGGUGCCAGUCUUAGUUUAUGUAACUUCUGUACACUUUAAAAACAUUUUGACCCCAUCUGAUCUGAGCACACAAUAAAAUAUGUAAUUUGUGGUAAUUGAA